AUGUCUGGGGUUCCUGAAAAUAAUGAAGCUAUUUGUUCUGGAAAGAAUGGAAAAUCUUAUCAUGGAAUUGAAGGCAGUAUUGUUGGUAGCAAUGAUGGGAAUUCCAUUCCAUCAGAUCCAGAUACAGAUGAGAAUGAUGAGGGGUCUAAAAAUGAUAUGGAAGAAGCUCUAAGAGAACUUGCAAUGUUUAUGUGCUGUGUAGGUUUAGUUCCACUUAAGGUGGUUGAAGAUAUGUUUUUUCUGAAUCUGGGAUAUAAGCUGGUUGAAUAUGAUGAGCAGAAAACUCUGAGGGCUCUUGCAGAUUUUGUUUGCUCUGUAGACUUUCCACCUCAGUUGGUUAACCAUAUUACUUUUAGAAAGUUGGCAAAUAGGCUUAACCCUUUGUUUAAUCUUACUUAUGGCAUGGUUAGGAGUGAAUGCAUAAAAGUCUAUGAGGAAAGGAAAUGGUGGAUUAAAGAAUACUUGGGAAAUUUGGAUGGACAUAUUAGCCUAUCGGUGGACGUACUGGGAUAUGAAAAUGUGCGGAACUUCUGUUGUUAUGAUUAUGUAUGCCUUUCUGCACAUUUUAUUGAUGAGAAUUGGAAGCUCAGAAAGUGGGUACUUUACUUCCGUUGUCGCUGCGAUCCCUCUGUUAAUUGCUCUGAAGAUUGUGGAAUUUUUAAGUCCCUUGAAGAUUUGGAGAUUGCGGACAAGAUAUCCACACUUGCCACAAGUAAUGAUCGCUGCUACGCUAAAAUGUUUGAGUAUGUGAAAACUCACGUCCAAGAAAAGAAGGAACUUCAACUUAGUGGUCAGCUGUUUAAUGUGUAUUGUUUUGGGGAAAUAAUCAGUCAAAUGGUUGAGGAUGCAUUUCGCAAGAUUAGAGAUCUCAUUGACAGAGUUGGUGAACUGUUUUCUUCAAAAUCGUUACCCUUGUGGUAUCUCACAAGUGCUAACCUAAAACAAGCUCUUGAGUUAUGGUCUAUGGGAGAAUUUUCUUCAAAAGAUGUGACUGAUUCUUACGACGUACCAUCCCCUGAGGAAUGGAAAAUUGUUGAAGGUGUUUGCAAAAUUGUAGACAGCAUAUAUGAAGUGUCAAAUGCAUUAUUCCAAACCAAACAUCUAACUGCCAAUGUUUAUCUUUAUCACCUUCAUGAGCUCCGCGAAAUCCUAUCCCAAAUGUCCUCAGAAUCAGAAGGUUUCAUUGCAACAAUAGUUCAGGACAUGAUGAAAAAGUUUGACAAGUAUUGGGAUGACAUGUUCUUGCUGUUGGCAAUAUGUGCAGUUCUGGAUCCUCGAUUUAAGAUGAAAUAUGUAGAAUUUAUUUGUUCAAAAGUUAAGGGUGGGGAUGGAAGCUCACAAGUAGCAGCUGUUUUGGGGGCCUUUAACAAAUUGUUUGAUGACUAUGUGAUCCGUUUUCCUGAAAAAGAGAACUUCAUUAGCGAAUCAUCUUCUUCUGAUUCAGAUUCAGAAGAGGAGUCUCCUCCCAGACAGGAAAAUCAUACUUUUGGUGUGCUGCAAGCCUACCAGAAAUUCAUCCAAUUGGAUAAUCAGCCUACAAAAAAAUCAGAUUUGGAAUACUAUUUGGAAGAACCUGUUUUACCUUGGAGCCAGGAUUUUAAUGCAUUGACGUGGUGGAGAACCGCAGGUGCUAAGUAUCCUAUACUUUCCAGGAUGGCACGUGAUCUUUUGGCUAUUCCGGUUUCUCUUGCAACCUCAUUUGAUGCAUUCUAUACUGAACCAAGGCCAGUUGAUGAAAGUUUAGUUUGCUUGAAGCCAGACUUGAUGAAUGCCUUAAUCUGUACUCGGAGCUGGCAUGGGAGGUUCUUCUGA